AUGUCUUCAACAGAACAUUACCCUGGCUACCUUGCUCUUCUCUCUUAUCUUGAUGAACGUGAGCACAUAAAUUGGUCGUACUAUGAGUUUUUGACACUUAACCGUGAUGUCAUUAUAUCUACACCAUUAAAUACAGAUUGGAAUGGCCUAGAUGGUACAUGGACUCGUAGAUUUCUAAAAAACGCAGAAAUGAUGCUUGAUUCAAAAGACUUUGAAACUUUAAAGGUCAAGGUGGAUUCUGAACGUUCAAAACAUGAAUUAAAGACCUAUUGGGAGAAUGUUAUCCAUGAACAGAAAAAGUUGAAUGUGAAACGCACCCAUAUUCUUGAAAGUCUCGACCUCCUAGAUAAAGCCGGGAAAUAUAAUAUUGAAGAUUUAUCCUCAGAAGAAUUUUCAAAUUCUUUUCCUGUUAAUACGACACCUGAAUCCAAACACACUCUUGAUGGUUCUAACUCAACUUCUUCUCAGGGGAACAAGAAGACCAAAACUGAUGAAAACGAAGAAGAAUUGGUUGAAGAAACUGUUAUUCAAAAAAAUAUUUUACAUUCAAUUGCCGAAACCACUAAUACAUUCAGAAAUGUUGAAUUCCCCGGAUAUUAUAAUAAGCUCAAGAAUAUAUGGAAAACCCGUGAAGCAAGUUCAAAUUAUUAUGUAAUCGAUAUGAAAAAUCAAGAAAUAUUAAAUGAGGUGCAUAAUCUUUUGGAUGCAGAAGAAUUGAAAUUACUACAUGAUAGACUUUCUUCGGAAAGUGAGGACAAAUAUUUAAGUAAAAAGUCGCAUCAAUAUUUAUCAUUGUUUGAUCAGAAUAGUGAAGAUUAUUCAGAUAGUGAAGAGAUCAAAGAUGAAAUUAUUUCGGAGAUGAAAAAAGAAGUCAGCAAUUUGGACGGGCCAAUAGCAAAAUUUCAAUAUCUAUCCCAUGCUCUUCCUAUCCCACUAAAACAAUAUAAUGAAUUAUUAUAUCCAGAAAUUUAUAUCAUUAAAAGUAUAGCAAGCCAUUUAAGCGCAAUUACAAAGAUGGAAGGAAUUACCGAUAACACUACAGAAAGAUCAUGGACAGCACAUGUACUGUCGUACAUGUUUUUUAUAGCUUUUAGUUAUAUUUCUUCUGUAAAGUUUUUUUCAUGCGAACGUACAAUUCCCACGAAAAAUGAUUCACAAAAUAUCGACUAUAAAGCUGAUGGGAUUGCUGAAUUGUUCAAAAGGCCUAAACAAAUUCCCAUAUUCAUACUCGAAGUUUCAGGUGACCCAGGUAAUCCUGACCUGGAUAAAUACAACGAUGAUCGGAAAAAAUUAUUUAGAGAAGGAAUUUUUGCACUUAAUAAAUUUAUAACCCGGACGGAUCUUCCGAGUUGGGAG